AUGGAGAACUUCCAAACCACUUUUAAUUCCAACACCACAUCAGCAAACGAAGCAUUGAAGAGUUUGGGUUCGCUCUUCAAGACUGAGAAGACGAAAAUCGAAGAGAUUCGUACUGGUCUUAAAACUGACCAUGCAUCGUUCCAAGCUACUAUCUCGUCUCAGCUUUCUCAGCUUAAAGACGAACUGGUGAAGGAGAGUAACCUAAAGGACUCUCUCGCUUUUAAGUCCGAAGAAGCCAAGGUGUUAAGCACCAAUCUUGAAGCUUCAGAGAAACAGGUCCAUGAUCUGUUAUCUGAGAGGGCAGUCAUGCGCAUAUAUAUAACUGAUGUUACUGGCAUGCUCUCGGAUAUCAUAGAGACCAGGGACUCCAUGAUCACCAUCACCAUGCGUAAGCAUCUAGCAGACAAAUUAAGGACAGUAUUCGCCAUGCUUCACUGCCUUGAAGGUGUUUCCAAUCAAACCUUUAAUCCGAAACAAGGGGGAGAAAGUAUGGCUGGUGGAUCAAGAAAAGAAGGACCUACAGCUCCUGUCAAGCCUAUUGUCAAGAACGAACUUAAAGGCAAGGAAAAGCUAUGCCGUGAUGAUCCAAUCAUUGAUAAUGAAGAUGAAGAGGAGCUUGCUGAAGACGAACUGAAAAGAUGA